AUGAGCUCUAUGUUCAAGAAGAAAGGCGGCCUCGCCUUCAAGCCCAAGGCUCCAGUCGCACGACCAAGAAGCGGCCCGGCGCCUUCCACCUCAAGAACAGCAGCACCCCAACCACCACAGCCCACGAUUGAUGAGCUUCCAGAGUCUACGCCAGAGGUCGCGUCGGAAAUUAUAGAGCAAAAACCAGGCCCUCCCGAAAUUUCUCAAAAGGGCUCUCACGACGCAGUCGAGAAAUCAACAGGAUUGGAAAACGAAUUACCAGUCGCACCGACUCGGCGAACCACAAGGCGAUCGUCACAAUUGGAGUCCAGCUCUAGACCACAAAUACGACCAGAGGCAUCAGCAGAGAAGAGUGUUGGCUCAGAGGUUACUCCCGCUACCCCAUCACAAUCAGGCCCAAGCACACGUACGCGGCGGCAAUCAGCCUCGAAACCCCCUCCACAGCCAUCCAUAGAAACACCAGAACAGCCCCCGCAGUCAGAGGAAGCUGCGGUACCGAAAUUGACAGAACCAGCUACAGCCGCCCAAAGUACUCCCGGUGCCGUCUCAGAAGAAUCAACAACUGUCACCAGAACAUCAACCAGGGCCUCUGCCAGAAAGUCAACAACCACGAACACCACCGAUGCCGCCACGCCAGCAACGGAAGGUGAACUGUCACGGCCCAAAAAACGCCAGCGAAAAACAUCCCGACAAGACGACAGCUCGGAAACACCGGCCCCAAGAAAACGCAAAACCAGCACACCCAAUGCCAAUGGAUCUCGAUCCAGUUCCCGACGCGCUCGGUCCCUAACGCCAGACGAUGCAGAAGACCAAAUCGUCGAUUUACAAAAGCUCAAAAUGUCCGAUUUGACACGGGACCUACGAAUCGGCAAGAAGUUCAGUCGUCACGAUGAACUGCGCAACCGUGAACGUCAGGCCCGUCUAAAAGCCAAGCUGGAAAAGGACGGCGACACACCCAGUGAUCCAGGUGUCUCUGGCGUACAAUCCCCAGCCCCAGACUCAACCAACGGCUCGACGACAAAACCCAAGAGCGGCACACCAGGAAGCACCACCACGCCGUCCGCAGCAGCAGCAGGCCCUCAAUUCCGCAUCGUCGAUGGCCAAAUCGUCGUCGACCAAUCCUCCCUCGUCAUGGACCGUCACGCCCGCGCAGCCGCCGCCCGCGCAAACGAGGACAUGGAAACCAUUGAAGAAAACGACUUCACGCGCCUUAUCACCUCCUCCUCCUUCAUGAACACCUCCAGGCUCAAAGGGCCGAAUGUCUGGACGGAUGUCGAAACGGAGCUCUUCUAUCGUGGUCUCCGUAUGUUCGGCACAGAAUUCGAAAUGAUUUCCAAAAUGUUCCCCGGCAAGCAACGCCGCCACAUCAAAUUAAAGUACAAUCGCGAGGAGCGGCACAAUCCCCACCGCAUAGACGAGGCAGUCAUGGGCGUAAAAACCACCAAGAUGGACAUUGACGAAUAUCGGGCCUUUACCGGCGCAGAAUUCGAAUCCGUAGAGACGAUAGAGGCGGAGCAGCGCAAGAUCCAGGAGGGUUAUGAAGCAGAGAGGCAGAGGUUGGCGGAUGAACAGGCCGAGAUUAUGAGGAAGAAGAAGGAGGAGUUGUUUGCGGAUGAGGACGGCGAGGAGGGUGAUUUCAAGAAGAAGCGCAAGGGGAAGAAGAAGGGAAAGCAGAGUAUCCAGUACGGUUUGAAUGGGGAGCCUAUCACUGGGGAAUGA